ACCUCUUGGUGUCUAUUAAAAGUAUCAUAUAAUCCAACAUUACGACUACGCGCACCUGGUUGUCCCUAAGAGACCCGAAAUAAAGGUCACAGUGAGUGUUCAUAGAUAGAGAGUAAAAGGGAAUAGAAUACCAAAACGUGUUCCAAAUAUGGCGAUAGGACAUCAACGUGGAAAGAUUAAAAGAAAUGUUUUGUACUCCCCCCCUUUUUUUUCACGCUUCUUUUUUUCUUUAGUAUUAUUUUUCCCAAUUGAACAAAUGCAUUCGAAACAAGAAUUGAAAUAUAGGAAAAAGCAGCUUGAUUCAAACUAAUGCCAACCUUGAAACCACAAGACUCUACCGACUUUACAAUAAUUGACCAAAGAAAUGAUGAUUCCCCUCUUUCCAUGCACGAAAACGUCACAUUAAAUUCCCCUAGCCACGAAGAAUAUAAUCAUCAGCUUCUUCUUCAGCAAAGAAAUUUACAGUAUUGUACUCCUUCUUUUUCAGAUUUAAUAUUAAAUAAUUUUUGUUCAACGCAUGACAGUAUUUCAUGUCCAACUACCGAUAUAUUCACGGAAGAGGAAGAGGAUGAGAUAUGGCGAAAGAAUUUCUUGGAUUUAAUAGCAGCUGUAAUCACCUACUCAGAAAGCCUUGAAUCAAUGUCAACAGAAUUAUUACGGACAGAAGGAAAAGUAAGAGAGCUUGUUGUGUUACAAAAGUCCUUGGUUGAAGAAUUGCAAGAGAAAGAGAACGUAUACCAAGAGCGAAUUGAUGAAUGUGAAGACAUAUCAAAUCAACAAUUGGAUUUAAUUGACCACUUAAUUGAAUUGGAAGCAGACUUGACCUUUGGAAAAGAGGUGUCAAACAGAAGAUCAACUACCACAACUACACUAUCAACGAUCUAUCGUUGGCAAAGUUCAGAACAUGGCCAAGAAGAAAGGAGUCUUAAUAGUGAUACAACGGUCAAUAGUAAAUUCUUAUUACCAAGUGAUCAUAAGAAUGACAUAAUCAGUACUUUGCGAUGGCAAGUUGGCGUAUGGAUAGGCGGUGGUGUUGGCUCAGGAAAUAUCGUACAUUCAUUUGAAAGUCCAUCAGAUUUAGGCGGCAUAGAAUUAAUAAUAGCUGGUUCUGGAACUAUUGCUUCUCCACGCCAUCACUCAUUUACACAAUCAUUAUCUAUUCAACAUUUACAUUUUCACAAACAUAACUACAUGCUUCAUAUCACUCACAAUCAUAAAACACGAUUCCGUUUAUUGCCAAAGCAUUUAUGGACAGCUGACGAACUAGUGGAUCAGUGUCAAUUUAAAACUAAUCAUACCGCAUGCUCAUCACUCUUUUCCUUUUUCAAAAGACGACAUCAUUGCCGAAAAUGUGGUAAAGUGAUAUGUCAGAGACACAGUUUAAAUAGACUACCGCUAUUUCCAUCUCCAUCGUCGCAUACUGAAAAAUGGCAUCGUGUUUGUGAUACAUGCUUUCAUGAUUUAAUUUUUGUAAAAUAAUAAUAAAAUAUGGCGGAGAGAAAAAAGUGAAAAAGAGGGUUGCAUUUAUC